AUGCUGGAGAAUCCUACCAAUGAUUCGUCGGCCUCCGCAAACGUUGCUCCCGUCAAACGAUAUGCACCUCCCAAUCAACGGAACCGUGGACUAGGGAGGCGUAAAUCUGGAGGAGACCGUUUGGAACGAGGAAAUAGCUAUACUAGUGACGGGGAUAAAGCUCAGGUUGGUUUCCCCAGGGACACAAACAGCAGCUAUCGUGGCGGGGAAUUCUCUUCAGUGGCAUUGAUACCAUUACAUGGCUGCAGCAACAGCGAAGCAGCUCAGCUAUUGAAUGAUCGCUGGGCAGCUGCGAUGAAUGCACUAAAUAGUCUCCCGGAUAAUUCCUCUGAAUUCAGACAUUUGCCCUUUAGAAAUCUGUUUGACCGCUUUUCUUUUGCAUAUUCGAAGAUCUCUUUCUCAAUAUGUUGCAAGGAAAAGCCAAUCUUGUAUACAAGGAGUGGAGUGUCAUCACCUUGGGGACAUCCAAUACUUCCACAUCUGAUGAUGCAACCUGCUGCUUCUGCUGGAUUGAAGAAAGAUUUCUUCAGUGAGCUCCGUCAAGCAAUCCAUAAUGCAAAUGGUAGUUCCACUACCUGA